AUGAGCUCUGAGUUUUUUGAGAAGAUUAAGUUUAGAGAGAAGCAAGAUACCAUUUCUCCUGAUCGCAUGGACAUGCAGAGAGUUUCUACGUUCCUGUUGACGGGCUUCCCAGGCCUGGAGUGGGCUCACCCCUGGAACUCCCUGCCCAUUUGUGUGCAUUACCUUGUGGCCCUCCUGGGCAAUGCCACCGUCUUGCAUCGGGUCGACCCUUGCCUCCACCAGCCCGUGUACUACUUCCCGGCCAUCCUGGCUGUGACAGAUUUGGGCCUGUGCUCGUCCUCAGUGCUGGGUGCGCUGUGGUUAGAGACCCGGAUGGUGGGCCUGGUUCCGUGCGUUGUGCAGCAGCGCUUCCUACACUCCUCCUUCAUGGAAUCUGCCGUGCCCUUCUCUGUGGUUCUGGACAGCCUGGUGGCCAUCCGUUUCUCACUGCGCUACACAUCUGUGCUCACGGGGCCUCGUGUGGCAUUGGUCGGGGUCCUGCUGGGCCUGCAGAGCGCUGCCAUCACAGCCGCACCUUCAUUGCAUCUCUUGAAAUUUGACUACUGUCACCGUGGGGCACUGCCCUAUGCUUACUGCAUUCAGCAGGACGUGAUCCACCUGACCGGCUCAGAUACACAUUUCAACAGACUCUAUGGACUGUGCAUCAUCAUGCUGGCCAUGGGCUCUGAUGUUCUUUUCAUCCUGCUCUCCUAUACAAUCAUUCUCUGUACUGUGCUGGCCAUGGCCUCUGCUGGGGAGAGGCUCAAGGCUUUCAACGCUUGUGUCUCCCACCUCCUGCUCUGCUUCUACGUGCCUAUGCUAGGUCUGUCCAUCGUACACAGGUUUGGGAGCCACGCUUUACCCCUGGUGCACAUCCUUAUGGGCAGUGUCUCGGUGUUCUUCCCACCCUUGAUGAACCCUGUUAUUUACAGCAUCAAGACCCAGCAGAUCCGCAGAGCCAUCCUCAAGGCGCUCUACCUAGGGAAGAUACAGUGA